CAUGUUAGAGUUUCUUUUUCCAGUCGCAUUAAUAAUAGAGCUUUGUCUCUUUUUGACGUUGUUCAUUCCGAUGUGUGGGGUCCUAGUCGGAUUCCUUCGAUCCCAGGGUAUCAGUAUUAUGUUACUUUUAUUGAUGAUUUCUCAAGAUGUACUUGGAUAUUUUUAAUGAAAGAUCGUUCUGAGUUGUUUAAUACUUUUAAGAGUUUUUGUUCUGAAAUUUCAACACAGUUUGGCAAAACAAUUCACAUUUUACGCAGUGACAAUGCAAAACAAUAUUUUUCUGAUCGUUUCAACUCUUUCAUGCACUCCAAAGGCAUCGUACAUCAAUCGAGUUGUCCUCAUACGCCUCAACAAAAUGGUGUUGCUGAAAGAAAACAUAGACAUAUUGUUGACACUGCUCAUACCCUUUUGCUAAAUGCCAAUGUACCUCUAAAGUUUUGGGGUGAUGCUGUUGUUCCUGCUGGGUAUCUAAUUAACCAAUGCCAUCCUUUGUGUUGA